AUGAGUCGGGGGGAUCCUCGGGGGGGUCAGGAUGGUGGGGGGAAUUUUGGGGAUCCCCUGGGGGGCUCGGCGGGGGCGGCAGCGCGGGAUCCGUCCCGGCCGGUUGGGCUGGACGGGCCGGCCCGGCCGCUUCUGGCGGCGGCGGCGGCGGCGGCGGGGCGGGACACGCCCCCCCAAAAACUGCGGGCCACGCCCCCUCCCAAAAAUGCACCCCCAAAAAUGUACCUCAACCCCCACCCCGAUCAGCCCCCCAAACCUGCUGAGCAAAUCCUGCGCCCUAAACACGCACCCAAAACCUGUGCGGGCCGCGUGGAGGUGCCGCGCAGCGUGACGGCCGUGCUGGGCCAGGACGUGGUGCUGCCGUGCCGGUACCGCGCUCAGGAGCAGGAGCAGGUGGUGCAGGUGACGUGGUUGAAGCGCGGCCCGGGCGCGGUGGCCGCCGAGGUGGCCGUGCUGAACCCGCAGCACGGCGAGCACGUGCAGGAGGCGUUCGCCGGCCGAGUCCUGCGCCACGGCCACGGCGACCUGGAGGACGGGGCCAUCCUGCUGAGAAACGCCGUGCAGGGCGACGAGGGCGACUACGAGUGUCACCUGAUCACCUUCCCCAUGGGCAACUUCGAGGGGCGGCUCACGCUCAGGGUGCUGGUGCCACCGCUGCCCAUCCUGAACCCGGGCCCGCCGCUGGAGGAGGGCCAGGGCCGGACUCUGGCGGCCUCGUGCACGGCCGAGGGCAGCCCGGUGCCGUCGGUGCGCUGGGAGACCGAGGUGCGCGGCACCAACGCCACGCGGCGCUCGGCCCACGCGCGAUCCGCCUCGGUCACCAGCGAGUUCUUCCUGGUGCCCGGGCGCAGCAUGAACGGCAAGAGCCUCACCUGCGUGGUGGAGCACCCCGGCCUGCGCCACGAGAAGAGGAUCACGCACCUGCUCAGCGUCGCCUCACUGACACCAGGCUGUCCCCGCAGGGUGGACGCGCCGCUGCCCGCGGGUGUCCGGGCCAAGGGGGACACGCUGCUGUUCCAGCGGCCGCUGGCCGUGGCCGAUGCCGGUGACUACGUGUGCCGAGUGUCCAACCGCGUGGCUGCCAAGGAGGCCCGGGCCAACGUCAGCAUCCGGGGACGAGCCACAGAGGACCCCGUGCGCGUGGAUCUGGUGUCGGCCUCGGUGGUCGUGGUCGGGGUCAUCGCCGCCGUCCUGCUCUGCGUCCUCGUCAUCGUGGUCGUGGUCAUGACCCUGUACCACAAACGCAAAACGCAGCGCAUCUCCGAGAAAUACGAGGAGGAGCUGACGCUGACCCGGGAAAAUUCCAUCCGGAGGCUCCACUCCAGCCACAGCAGCGACCCCCGGGCACAGGUGCGUGCAAUGCGAGCCUCAAGCGCUGUGUGA